ACAGACCUCUAGAGGAUGUACCAUGAUGUCGUUUUGCUCCUCCCCAUCUCCCAGCAUCUGCCUCUGCUACCAGGAUCAGCACAGAGACACACAGAGAGCAGUGAAGACAUGGAGGUGCCCAGCAAAAAACCCUCCCUCCCUUUAUUGCUGGUGACGCUGAUCAGCCUCUCUCCAGAUAUCCUGAUUGCCCAAGCACCUACUCCCCACAGCCGGGUGAAUGGGACUCUGGGAAGAUCGGUUGUGCUGUCUGUGGAUCUAUCCCCCGGCAAAAAGGUGAAAGAAAUUGAAUGGAGCUUUCGUGCUGGGUCAGGUGUGACGAUUCAGGUGGCUGAGUUCACUGGGGGGAAGUUUGAGCGACCCGAUCCCAGCGACAGAUUUAAGCAGAGGCUAGAAAAGUACAACGAGACCUCGCUGAGGAUCAAGCCUCUAGAGCUGGGCGAUAGCGGAGUUUAUGAGGCCCGGAUUAAGAUAGUACCAGCAACUGUGGAGGAACAGGCCUUUCUCCUCGCAGUCUAUGAGCCAGUGCCACAGCCCCAGAUCCGGAGUCAGCUGCUCGCCAGCACGCUGGAGGGGUGCAACGUCACGCUGCAGUGCCAGGGCUCGGGGAAGGGAAACGUGAGCAUCUCCUGGGGGAGAGGGAACCCAGUCCAAGAGCUGGAUCCAGGUCGUCACCAGCUCUCCCCUGAUGGCAGGAGGCUCCAGCUGUCUCUGCAGCCCAGCUCCCUGAAUGCCACCUAUACCUGCACGGUCAGCAACCCCGUGGAUCAGAAGAUCGUCUCCUUCGACCUGCAGAGCAUCUGCCGCAGUGGAGAUGCAGACGCAUCCUUCUCGAAGCCGGGGUACAUUGUGCUGACUUUCUUCCUGUUAGUGCUAAGCCUUGGGACUGCCGUCUGGUGUUGGCGGAUGAACAACGAGAAGUCAGCUGACCCGGCUGCCACCCCCACAGGUCCAGUGGAAGAAAGUCCAUCCGACCCGCAGUACGCUGAGAUCCUGAGGAGUCCCCCAGAAGGAAAUGACCAGGCCUUGCGUCACCUGGAAAAUAACACAGAGCGGAGCCCACAGAAAGAGCCUCUAAUCACCACCAUUUACGACAAGCUCCAGAGGACCCCCGAGAAUACAUCCGAGGAGGUCACAUAGGCCCCCAGGAACCAGAGGAGGUGGCGUAUCAGAGCUUACCAAGGGCUUUGAAGUGCACCGUGUGCCCCACUCAAACUCUGUAGCUGAACGGUCUCAGUUCCACCCACGAACCCGAAUGGAAGAAGACACCUUCUCCAGCUCUGGAGUCUGCCUCGUGACGCCUCCUCACCCCGCCACCCCCCGUUGUUUUGGAACCUCAUGUGUGAUGCCCUCAGCAACUGUUUUGGGAAGAAGGAACCAGAGUGAAGGCGGAGGAGGGAACAGGACAUGCAGCUUCAGCGCUGGUGCCUGCAAAAGCAAAGGGCCGUGCGGACUAAGGCGACGUCUGCCCAUUCGCCGUGAGCAGGGGAAGAGGUGGAGAACGCAGCACAGCUGCGCCCCCCCGCCUCACCCCCCGCCCCCGCGAGAGGACGUUAGCCAACCGGAUGGAGCCCAUCUUUCCAUGGUUGGUGCACUGUCCUCCAACGGGAGCAGCGUCCUGUCACCAACCGCAGAGCAGGAGGGUGGUGAGAGGCAACACGCCCUGGUGCAGAAUGGCCCGUGCUGAGAAGAAAACCACUCCCAUCUGAGCCUGGCCUGCUAGCUGCAUGACUGUGAAGAAGCAACAUCAGAAAAUGGGCUCCCCGGGGAUGGAGGCACCAUUCUGGCUGCGUGAUGCGGCAGGGCCGUGGGCUGGGAGGGACUUGGAUGCACCGUGUAUUUAUUUAUCUAUUCCGUUUGAUAAUGCAGCCCUGCGGGGUCGAUGUACAUGUGACUGAGUUUUGGAUCCAGGGACCUGUUCUCUUUGUGCUCGUUGGAGGAAGGAAGGUUUUCUGAAGUAGAAAUAGGAACAGAUGGUGCUGUGGCUUUUGAGGGGGAGGAGAGCUAUAGGUGGAGGAGAGGAAGAUAGGAGUGUGUCUGAAUUACAGUGGGUUGACUGACUGAGGGUACUGGGGAUUCACUGAUCGGUAGAAAUUGGCUGAGUAAACAGCAGUCAGAUUGCAGUUUGCCACAAAACAGUCUGGAUCCCAUGGGAGAAAUAAAAGUAAAAUCUCCCUGCGUGCCGACUACCGCAAGGCGGAAAGGCGCAGGGGCAAAGCUGCACGUGGCUGGCAGAAAAGCAGCACAGAAUAUCAUGCUCGCAGCAGGCUUUUCCCAGGGCUAAUCUGGCUGAACCCCGGGUGGAGGUGUUGAGGAAGAUCCAGGGAGCUGAGGGUGACUUGGCAGAAGCGAGAUUAAUGAGGGACAAACGAACCAGGUUAAAGAGCUGGGGCUAGAUUCUGCCCCUGGGAUCGCUAGAAUUGCAAGGAGCAAAGUGCCACUGAAAGUGAGCAAGGGCAGUAGAACCUGGCCGUGGGGCAGGCCCUGAAGCUUGGCCUGAGGGGCAGAUGCUGCAGGGCGGAGCUGAGCCCCACCAGGUGCAACCUCAAGGAGAAAUCAGAGACAAGAGUCUGGUUCCAACCUUACCUGCCCUCCAGAGCAGUAAGUUACUGCAGUCCCUGAAAGGGAGCAUGUCCCCUCUUGCUUAUAGGGGUAACAUCUAGGGAGGGGCGACCUGAGAUCUGGAAGGUCUUACACUCUUCCCCCUUACGCCCCUGCUUGGCCAAGGAAGAGAGGACACAGUCUAGCAGCAGGGAAUUACCAGGAAGGACAAUGAGUGUGUCUCCUAUUGGGUGGUGGUUCCCUGUAGAGGGGAACGGCAGAGGUGCGGGUCUUAAUGAGGGUAGCUAGCCCCAAGAUGUUCUGUUACUGAGAGCCUGGCCUUACUGUUACUAAUUGUGAUGAGACAUUUGUGCCGAGUACCACCCCCUUGCUGUUUACAGCACUCACACCAUGGAAACCAUCUCCCAGAGCUGCUAAGCAACCCUCAGACAUGAAAGGACCCGGAAGACCAGCACAAAAUGGUCCUGUGUUCCGGGAAAGUUCCCCUUUGAGUUCAGAGAAGCUCUUCAGAGGGGAGAUCAUCAAAAGCCCAAAAAUCUUUCAGGGGCCGGGGGGAAGGAAAAGAAAAUUUGCUGCUGGAUUUGGUUGGGCAGCUGUGACCAGGAUUGUUCCACAUUGUAGCAACACAUGUAAGAUGGGGAGAGGCAUUGGGCAGCACGCAGUGAUCCUGGACCCACCUCCCACACACUAACUGGGAAAAGCUCUGGCGGGGGAAGGCAGCAGGGGUCUAGUGCUUGGAGUAUCGCCAUGCUUCCUUUCUCCUGUCUGUCUUAUCUACUCACACUGGGGGAUUCGCAGGGGACUGACUGUCUCUGUGUCUAGCAGAGCCUAGGCCCUCAUCUCAGUGGGCGACUCCAGGCCUCCUUGUAAUAUAACUGAACGGAGCAGGGGCCUCUCCCGGGAAACCCGACAGUGGUUUGUGUGUGUGGAGAAGUAGCCCCCUCCGCUGAAGUUUUUCCAAGCCUGUUUUUGCCCUGGCUUCAGUCCCCGGUUAGAUUAGUCUGUCCAGUAAAGCACUGGAUGAUUUAUGCUCUGUUCAUGCAAAUACAAGGGAACGUUUGCACAUUUACAA